GGCCCCGUGUCCUUUGAGGAGGUGGCUGUGUAUUUCACCCAGGAGGAGUGGGAGCUGCUGGAUCCCGGCCAAAGAGCUCUUUACAAGGAAGUCAUGCUGGAGAAUUUUGGGAAUGUGGUCUCUCUAGGUAAAGAUCCCUUUGGCUG